AUGGCACUUUACGAAGCACUAUAUGGUCAUAGGUAUUGCACUUCGUCGUGUUGGACUGAGUUGGGUGAGCGGCGUGUUCUGGGUCCUCAGCUAGUAUUUGAUAUCGAGGAUAAGGUCAGAUUAAUUCGAGAUAGACUGAAGGUAGCAUCAGACAAACAGAAAUCAUAUGCGAAUCUGAAGCGUAAGGAAAUUGAGUAUUCUGUGAGGGAUUUUGUCUUUCUAAAGGUCUCGCCAUGGAAGAAGGUACUGAGAUUUGGGCGUAAAGUCAAGUUACGCCUAAGGUUUAUUGGGCCUUAUCGUAUUUUCAGACGAUUGAGACCUGUUGCCUACCAGUUAGAGUUACCUUUGGAAUUAGAGCGGAUUCAUGAUGUGUUCCAUGCCUCUAUGCUGAGACGCUACCGCUCUAAUCCUAUGCAUAUGGCACCGGUUAAGGAGAUUGAGGUUAGACCAAAUCUGACUUUCGACGAAGAACCAGUCCAGAUUUUGAAUCGAGACAUAAAAGUCUUGAGAAGGAAGUCAAUCCCACUAGUAGAAGUUCUUUGGCAGAAUCACAGUUCUGAGGAGGCUACGUGGGAACCCGAGGAGGCAGUGCGGCAACAAUAUCCUCACCUAUUCUGA